CAAUGGUUGGUGUUGGUGGUGGUAACAACAACUAACAAAUUUCCGCCAUUUUCUUUUCAUACAUUUGCAGUACAUAAAAUUAUCUCUAAACCUAAGGAAUAAGCAGGCCUGUAAUAAAAUGAGAAGAAGUGAGAGAGGAAAAACUAAAACUACCCAGAAAGAAGAUGAGGAACCACAAGAAAAAACUGUUAGGAAGUCACAAAGGCGGACAAGAAGGCGGAAAAAAUCAACAUCCUCUUCCGAUGGGGAAAGUAACAGUAGUACCGGUAAGAAAGAUGUGGCUGAAAGCUUGUCCCAACCUUUGGAAAUUCAAGUGCAAGACAUAGAACUGCCACAGGAAACGGAAAGCACUAGUGUUGCUGCCAAUAAUGAAAACGAGACUAGUAGCAAACCAGGAAAUGCAAAUAACGAGUGGAAGGAGGACAGUUCAUUUUGGGAAGGUUCUGAUAAACCAAAGCCAACACAAGAGGCUACUGCCGAAGAUAAGGAGGAAAGUUCCUUGUGGAAAGUACAGAGUGCCAAUGGGGCAAGCGGAGGAGAAAUCCAAAAACUGAAAAUUUGUCGUCAGAAACUAACAGAAUCGCCUGAGAUCAGUGAAACCUCUUUGCGUAAGAGGUUAAGCCGGAUGCCGAGAGACAGUCGCAGCACCGACGAAUCCACACAAGAGGAAACGGAGAAGGACACAAAGAAAUCCAAGCACAGAACACGCACUUCGUCCAGGAAUAGUCCGUUAGUUUCUCCCACAGUGGUUUGUGAUAUGUCUGAAGGCUCACCGACAAAAAUAAAAAUAAUAAAUGUCAGCCAUCUAAAUACAGAAAAUAAAAGUGCAAAACAGGCUGGGGAAGUUGUAGAUACUGAAUCAAAAAGCGAACAAAUACUGGAGUUAAGUCAAAGUGAUACUCUCGAUAUUGCUUUGCCAAAUGAAGAAUCUCAAAUAAUAGAGGCUGAAGUAAACGAAUCUGUGGCUGAGAAGAAAAAUGAAGAACAAAAGAAAGAGAAAACCCCUGACACCAAAGAAAAUAGUCCUAAAUCUGAAGUUGGUGAUGAUUCUAAAGAUAAAGGGAAGGAAGUUGGACUUCCAGUUGAAGAGAAGAAAGAAGAUAAAAGCGCUGAAGUUUCUCCAAGAAAAACAGCUUCGCCCAGCCCAAGUCCUGCGAGGAGGAAUCUCAGCAGAUCAACAGAGAACAGCGAGAAUUCAGGAGAUGAGUCGCAACAAGAAGCAAACAAACGUCAAGGACUUCAAUCCUCGGUUCAGCGGAAACCUACCACUUCAAAUAGCCCUAAACAAGAGUCUUCUGACUCUGAAGACAGCAAGAACAAGAAGAAAGAGAAGAAAGAAGAUCGACGGGAAUCUACGGACACAAAUGAGACCAAAGAAACCAUUAGUAUUAACAACAAGGAAAAUGAGGCGGAAGGCCAGGAAAACCAUCUUUCAUCUAGUGGGCCUACAGUUCCAGAUUCAAAUGCUGAUGAAAGCUAUGAAAAAACUGAUAAAGCGCCUUUACCCAGAAAAAGACGAUGGGGUUCCAGCAAGUCAAGCAGGGCAAGCAAGAAACCAGUUCUCAUAAAUACAGACUGUUUAAAGAAUUUGAUUCCGGAUGCCAAGCCUGUGCCAGCAGACGAACUACAACUGUCAGUGGAGGAAGAAGAAGGGCAACUGGACGAUGAUGAUGAGGAAGAUGAGAUUGUUGCAAUGGUGGCCAAGGAGGAAGAAAAAGAAAGACAGCGAGAACAGAGAGAAAAAGAUACAGAGAGGCAGGAGAAAGAGAGACAGAAGAGACAAGCACGAUUUGCCAAAACUGCCUCGGAACAACAACCAGCACCAGCACCCAAGCCUCAAACAGCGCCAAAACAAGAAAAAGAAAGUUCUGCAUCUCGUAAGAUCCUGCUGCUGACAGAUGAUGUAAAGAAGGUAGCGCGGUCGCCGUCUCCUCCACGGCGCAAACCCACCAAUGUGCUGUACAUCACGCAUCUAGUGCGUCCCUUCACUGUGCAGCAACUGAAGAACUUGCUACUGCGGACGGGCGCCAUCGCUGAAAAUGGCUUCUGGAUUGACAAGAUCAAGAGUAAAUGCUAUGUUGAGUAUAUGACAGAGGACCAGGCAGUCGAGACUAGACAUGCACUGCAUGGUGUGCGCUGGCCCUCUAGCAACCCUAAGACUCUGGUGGUGGAGUUUGCGUCCAAGGAGGACCUGACUAUAGCACAGACGCUGACGGAGGAGCCUGAGGUGCCUCGCAAGUCUGAGCCUCUGACCAUGGUGGAGGGCUGGUUGGCGGAACAGGCGAGGAUAAAGGAUCGCACCAAGAAGGCUGUUGUCCGAGAGUGGGAUGUUGGUAAACCUGAACAUCCCGAUGAAGCUUUGGAGUACGAGAUGAAAAUGAAAGAGAAAAGGGAACAAGAACGCAAAGCCAGAAAAGAGAGACAUCAUCGUAGUGCUAGUCCUGAAAAUGGACCUCCAGCUCGCAAGCCACGUAAGAAGGAGGACGACGCACCUGCCAAACUGUUGGACGAUUUGUUCAGGAAAACAAAAACCUCACCCUGUAUAUAUUGGCUUCCUUUGACUCAGGAACAGAUUGCAGUUAAAGAAGAAAUCCGGAGGCAACACAUGGCCGAACAUGAACGGAGAAUGGCAGAGAUAAAGAAGGCAGAUCUCGCUCGUCGAGAGCGCGAGAGAAGAAACCGUAAAUGAAAUACGGACAGACAAUGACGUCUGAAAUAUUGAGGCCAAGAUAGGCUCGCAGCAGCCCACAGCGUUAGGCGACAUUCUCGUAACUGACGCGGUCUCUGAUGGGUAAGGCAAGGUUUUGCCUAACCUAGUUCCAAUUUACGGUUCUUGGCCCAAUCGUUAGGCGUCUUGUCAAUUUUAUUUGUUCCCUUGUUUUUUGUACAGUUUUUGUGAUUAUUGAUUCCCGUAGCUAUUUCUAGGUUUUUUGUAAAAAGGUUUUUUUGUUGUAAGAUUUUUUGUAGACUUUAUUAAUCGUACGGGUUAGAUGUAACAUUUUAUCUAACAAUUUUCUCAUGCCAAAUGAUCAGCAUUUCGGUUGCUGAAAUUAAUUAUCUAUAUUUUUUAUGACUUUAAAUUUUUUUCAAAAUUCAAGUGCAUGUUUGACAUUUGUUUAAUUAACAUGCCGGUGACAGAGAUGUCUGCUUUAACCUCCCUGCUCUAGACAAUAGUUUGUUCAGGGAUUACAGCAUUUAUUUUACAGGUCAUCAUAGUAAGUCGUCCAUCGGGAUUCUUCUCUUCACGAAGAAGAUGUUUUCAAGAAAAUCUACUUGCGAUUUUGUCUUAUUGCAGCUUUUUGAUGGGAGUGAACUUCAUAAUGAUUUUGUAUUAAUGGAGUUUUUCACAAAAUUCUUUGAUAAAGUUGUCACAGGACUCGAGAAGUGGAUGUGCAAUAAUGAAGUACAAAUAUGUGUAUUUGUAUGAGACAACUACAAGGACAUUUAUCUUCGUAUUUCAUAUAGGAGAAGGACGUUCUUAGCAGUGCACAUUUUGAGAAACAACAAGCGACAUUAACCUUUUUUUAAUAAUUUGAUUUUAAACAGUAUACUCUGCUUUUUGACUUCACACACAAGAAAACGUCAAACCUUUUUCAAGGUUAUUAAUUAGAAUCAAGUUGUUGACAACAUGAGUAUUAUUUUACACCAUAACUAUUGUAAAUGUAUUUUAUAUUUUCUAAAACAUGUUAGUUAAAUAAAUAUUUUGUUGAAAGC